UGUGAGUGUAGGUUUGUUACUGUUUGUUUCCAAGGUUAAUCAUAGGAUGUUUUUCUUACUCUGUAGGUAAGGGACUGUGGAACAGUGGUGCGUGGAGAAGUGUGUGGCCGUGGAACGGGGAAGUCCUCGCGUGGUUGACAGCGUCUCCCAGUGGACGGGCGGUCAUGCAAUGGGAAUGUCAUUGGACAAGAGACCGGGGGCCAUUGACGAUUCUCACCACACAGGAGGCGCAAGAUGACCAGGUUGCAGAUAGUGGACUGCAAUAUAGCAUGAAUGGUUUUCGUUCACGAAGACGGGGAUCUCACCGCGUUGUUGCGGCCAUGCUCGCGUUCUGUGCCUUGAUUGUGUUUGUCGUCUACAGUCUGUCUCGAAAUACCUGUUGUCACCCUGUUGACUCUGACUCUUACCCAUUGUUUUACCUGCACUCAGGCAAGCCAGAUACGUACGAGGAUGGAGGCAACAUAAACAUGCAAUCAGCCUUGCAUAGAGAGAGGCCAUCUCCGGCUCAUGAUCGCGCUAAAGCAGAGACAUCCAACAAGUCCCUACGGAAACCUCUGCUUCACGACACAGGGCUGUGGGACUACGGUGAGGGAAUGACACGGCCAACAGGCCUGCCUUUCCAUGCCGAGCGACCCGCCGGAAAACUAUCCUACAACAACCGCGUUCUUAGCUCGUCAGGUAAACUGGUAGGUACAGGUCAAGCUCCGGAGGAGUCUUCCUACAACGACGACUCCAUUUACAUUGCGCAGGAGUCGCCUAAGGCGGACAAGAAUGCUGUUAUAGACAUAGACAAUCGUGAAAACAAUUCCAUAUACAGUGUGCCUGGAAACUCAAACAGUGAUACCAUAAUAAGAACUAGCGACAGUGCUACACGCAAACUACCUCAGUCCAUAAUCAUGGGUGUGAAGAAAGGCGGCACCCGAGCCUUGCUGGAGUUUAUACGACUGCACCCAGACGUCAGGGCCCCUGGGCCGGAGACUCACUUCUUUGACCGGCAUUAUCAUAGAGGAUUAGACUGGUAUAGGGACCAAAUGCCACCGACAAUAGACGGCCAGCUCACCAUGGAGAAGACGCCCAGUUACUUUGUGACCAAAGAGGUACCCCGCCGAAUCUUCAAUAUGUCAAAGGAUAUGAAGCUGAUCCUGGUAGUGAGAGACCCUGUAACCCGUGCAAUAUCAGACUACACGCAGACACUGACCAAAAAGCCUUGGAUAAAAACAUUCGAGCAGUUGGCUUUUCUAGACAAUGUGACGCGUGUUGUGGAUACAUCGUGGGGGGCUGUUAGGAUCGGUGUGUACGCCAAGCAUUUAGAACGCUGGCUCCGAUAUUUUCCUCUCAGCCAGAUGCACUUUGUAAGUGGGGAACGUUUGAUCACAGACCCCGCGGGAGAGAUGGCUAAGGUUCAAGACUUCCUCGGUUUGAAACGGAUCAUUACUGCAAAGCAUUUUUAUAUCAACGAAACCAAAGGCUUUCCUUGUUUAAAGAAGCCUGAGGGCAGUGGAAAUCCACACUGUUUGGGGAAAACUAAAGGUCGCCAGCAUCCCAAAGUUGGGGACCAUGUCCUCAAGCGGCUUCGAGACUUUUUCCGACCAUUUAAUGCCAAAUUUUACCAGAUGGUACAUCAGAAUUUUGGAUGGCCGUGACCCAAUUGUGUUGCCCUGGAGGAGAAAAGAUCAGGUUACACUCAGGUCCUUACAAGUGGAAUAGCCCGAUGGGACCUUCUAGUCAACGAAGGAACCGACCACAAGUGCUAACUUACGUGUGCUGUUUCUCUUUGUCGACUGAGGCUGCAUACGGCGCCGGUGUGUUUGACAGCCCCGGAUCUUCGAUGUGACUUUGUUUGCUAUUUAUAACGUGGAUAUUGAGAGUCUGGUAACAGCUUCAAACGACAACGAAGACAUGUUUGUCGGGAAACUUGAGAGGCGCAGCAAAGAGGCGGCAGUGCCAGGAACUCUUUGUGUUUUAUUGCUACCUCUCUAUCCACAGGCGUAUUGGGAUGGUAUAAUCAGGGGUUCUCUUAUAUGACCAGUAUUUCACAUUUCUUGAUUUUACUUGCCACCAUGACCAUUGAUAUUCCACUCGCCUACCUCUUUCGUUUAUCUUGCCCAAGUUUCCAUCAGUUACAAUACUCCUCCUAUGGGUUGGCCAUUAAAGCAGCUUUUUGAAACCUCUUGCUUUCCAACGAAUUCGAACAUCUGUCAAACAUACAAGGUCCAGGUUGUUGUCCUCAUGUUUAUGAACCAGAUUCUAUUAUCUGAACUACAUCCGUCCGAAUUUUGGCGACACCUGGAAUACACUAACAAAUGAUUAUAUCCACUUGAAUGGAUUUACAAUCAAAUCAGUUGUGUUUGUGACAUUCCAGAGCCUAAUUUAAAGACUCGUUCACAAAUGUUGUUUUAAUGCUUUAUAUACCUGAACUGAUAUUAACUGAUGUAUUGAUUGUUGGCUAAACUAAUUUCACGUUGUCAUAGUUAAAAUCGUGCAAGAUUUUUGUGUUACUAUGUGGUUGAGCGUUUUUGUAAUUAUGGGAGAAGGUGAUCUGCAGAGCUGGUCUCCGUAGUGCAUGUUUCCGGAUCACAUCUGUCUCCAGGAACUGUAUCAGUGUUCUAGAUGGGUUUUGUUCCCCAAGGCCUGUAUUAACUGCUAUCCCGGGAUCAUCACCGGGCCAAGCGAGGCACAAACAUUGGACCCAAUGUUAUGCAGGGAAAAUUAGAUACACAAUAUACAGACAAAUCAGGUCGAGUGGCUAAUGGCUAAGGGGGACGCUGGCUGAUUAAAAACACUUUUUUAAAAAAAUAAUCGGUGUAAUCUGUUCUCAUAGGGAUCCUAUCAGACAAAUCCAUAGAAAACUGAUACUUAUCCGUUCGUGGCCAGGUACAGUAGAUAAGUCAAUGGCUACGAAACACUGUCCAAAGUUGAUAAUUUAAAAGUUGUAAACAGUUACAAACUCGACAGUAUCUCUUUAUUGGGAAGGGAAAUCAAAACAAAUCUAAACACACAAGACCGGUACAUUUGGCUGUCUUGCAGCAAAAGCAUUAUGUGUAGGUUGUAUAUUUGUAAAGAGAUAAUUUAUCUCAAAAAUACUGUUUUUUUCGUUCCCUUCGGGAUGGUGUUUAUAUACUGUGAUAAGCUUGGAAUUGACUGUUGGUAAUGUCGCUUCAUGUGAGUUGUAUCACAUCUGAUUUUGGAUAGUUGGGUAAAUUCUCCAUUACGCAUUGUCAGAUGAAGUUGUACCUUUUGCAGUAGUACCUUAUGUAAGGUAAUCGUGAAUAGAGUUACAUCACAAGGUGCUAUAUAUUAAAAUAUGGGCGUAGACAUUGGAAAAGCACGCACUUUUUCGCAGGGUUUUUUUUUUGGAGCAUAUAUGUUCAUUAUACUUGUGUCUAGAACCAGCCUAUAUGUCUUACGCGCGGCAAAAUGAGUUACUUACUGUGUCUGUUCACUAAUUUAUUGUUAUGGUUCGGGAAAAGGGUACAUGGAAUGUUUGAGAGUAGAUGUUGCUGUUGUUGUAGAGUGUGUGAGUAUGGCUGAUGUUAGGUGAGUGUGGAUAUGGGGUUGAAUGUGACAGGUUGUGUGUUUCAAACGUCAGGUUUGGUGAGAGUCAGCACUGGCUGUAGAACACCCCACCCAUAGUAGAUCAGAUAUAUGUACUUGUCUGUGUUGGUGAACGUGUCAUGUGUGCGCACAAUCAAGUUACAUUAAUGUCGCAGUCUGACCGGUACAAGUAAUGUUAAGUUUUGGACAGAGUUUUUCUCGUGUUUGUGAUUGCCAGUCAUCGUUAAUUCUCCUCGGUAUAACAUAUUCCUCUUCGCGGUCCAUUUUAGCUACAGCUUGGCAAGAGGUAGAACAACAUCUGCUCAUGCCAAACAUCAUUGCCAGUAUAUCUGAGCAUCAAUUAGACGGUGAAGUUAAAAUGUAGCUGUUGUAUGACCCGAUCAACACAGUGUGUUGUAAAAUUCUUUCCACCGAGCGAGAUUCGUAAACAUGUUAAAAAGAAUUGCUUCAGCGAUAUAACAGUGCUGGCUGUUGGUUCAGAAGGUUUUUAUUGGGUGUACAAGACGAUUCGUCAACCAAGCUGGGCUUCAUUGUGUGUUUUGAAGAAAAUUAUUUUUGUGUCAACAGUCGUGCACGAAAGGUUAUUUGUUAAAAUUGAUGUACAUUUAUCAUUGUCAUUCUUUCAUCGUUUUCGCAAAAGAAAAUAAAAU